CGUGGUGGGCCGUUUCAGGAAACGCAUCGGGAAGACGCCGAGUGCUCAGCGAAAACCACCGCCGGACUGUUGGCUCCGGCGACAUAUGGGGAUUAGAAGAGGAGAGCGUACAUCUGGAAAUUCAAAUCAAACGUCAAGUCAAGAUCUGACACAGUCACUCCAUUCAUCUGCAGCUGAAGCUGGCCUCCAAAUGUGGAUGGAGUUCUGCUUGAGGGGAUGGUUUCAAUCAUCUCUGAUUGGGGUAUUGCGAGUGGAAGAUUUACAUUAAGGAAACACAAACCAGGCGUCACAUUGAGGUCUGACAGCAGUUUGAUUCUUCAGGACCUGGAUACUUGUGACAUUUGAAUGGUCUUAGAAAAGGAGGACUUGCAGUUGGGAAACGGAAACCAAACAUAGCAUCAGAACCUAACAGAUCUGACCACUUUAUUGCAACCUGAAUAUCGUUGGAUUUUGAACAUGGAAGAAAAAGGCACCAGUCACGGUGGGGAGAAACUGUACACGUGUUCUGUGUGUGGACAAGGCUUCAGCCGGUCAUCUGAUCUGUUCGGACAUAAAUGCAGUCAGAACGCAGAGAAACCGUGGAAAUGCGGGGACUGUGGGAAGGGAUUCAUUUCCCCGUCAAAGUUGGAGACUCAUCGGCGCAGUCACACCGGCGAGAGGCCGUUCACCUGCUCGGGGUGCGGGAAGGGUUUUACUACGUCGUCCCACCUGCAGAGGCACCAGCGAGUCCACGCUGGGGAGAGGCUGUUCGCCUGUAACGAGUGGGUGAGGGGCUUCACGCCUUCCUCCAGCUCGCUGACACAUCAAGUUCCAACUGCAAAGAGAUCUUUUCCGUGCCUGGACUGCGGGAAGCGCUGCGCAGGUUCUGAGGGACUGAUGGCCCAUCAGCACGUUCGCUCUGAGGGGACACCAUUCCAGUGCUCCCACUGUGGGUCCGGGUUCGAGACAUUGCCUGAGCUCACCGUACACCAGUGCACUCGCAAUAAGGAGAAGCCGUGGAAAUGUGGCGACUGUGGGAAGGGGUUCAGUUACCCCUCUGAGCUAGAAACCCAUCACCGCACACACACCGGUGAGAAACCAUUCACGUGCUCUGACUGCGGGAGGGGAUUCACUCGGUCUUACCAGCUGAUGACCCAUCGGCGCGUUCACACCGGGGAGAGACCGUUCUCCUGCUCCGAGUGUGGGAAGGGAUUCACAAACUCAUCGGACCUGCUGAUACACCAGCGGGUUCACACCGGGGAGAGGGCUUUCACCUGCUCUGUAUGCGGGAAGGGAUUCACCACUUCGUCCACCCUGGUGACACACCAGCGGGUUCACACCGGGGAGAGGCCCUUCACCUGCCCUUUAUGCGGGAAGGGAUUCACUCGGUCUUCCACCCUGGCGAUGCACCGGCGAGUUCACACCGGGGAGCGGCCGUUCACCUGCUUUGAUUGUGGGAAGGCGUUCACUCAGUUAUCCAGCUUGCUGAGACAUCAACGUGAUCACAGUGGAGAGAGGCCGUACACCUGCUCACAGUGUGGGAAGGGAUUCACUCGGGCAUCGACCCUCUUGAAGCAUCAGCAAAUUCACCAGGAACUACAUGAGGAAAAACCGUACACGUGUUCUGUGUGCGGACGAGGAUUCAGCCAGUCAGAUGACUGGUUGGGACACAACUGCAGUCACAGUGGGGAGAAACCGUGGAAAUGUGGGGACUGUGGGAAGGGAUAUAGAUCCCCUUCUGAGUUGGAAACCCAUCAGCGCAGUCACACUGGAGAGAAACAGUUCACUUGCUCUGAUUGUGGGAAAGGGUUCACUCGAUCAUCCACCCUGUUGACACACCAACAGGUUCACACCGGGGAGCGACCAUUCACCUGCUCAGUGUGUGGGAAGGGAUUCACUCAGUUAUCUAACCUGCUGAGACACCAGCAGGUUCACACUGAUGAGAGACCUUUUAAAUGCACAGACUGUGGGAAGCGCUAUAAAAGUUCUGGGGAAUUGAUGCGCCAUCAACGUGUUCACACCGAUGAGAGACCAUUUAGGUGCACUGAUUGUGGAGCUGGAUUCAGGACAUCAUCUGACUUCCUCAUACACCAGCGAGUUCAUACUGGGGAGAGACCAUUUGCAUGCUCUGAGUGUGGGAAGGGAUUCACGCGCUUAUUUCAACUGCAGGAGCAUCAGCACAGUCACACUGGGAAGUGGCCCUUCACCUGCUGCGUGUGUGGGAAAGGAUUCAUUCAGUCAUCCAGUCUGCUGACACACCAGCGGGUUCACACUGACGAGAGACCUUUUAAAUGUCCUGACUGUGGAAUGUGCUUUAAAAGUACUGGGGAACUAAUGUCCCAUCAACGUAUUCACACCAACGAGCGACCAUUCAGAUGCUCUCAUUGCGGGACUGGCUUCAGGCGAUCAUCUCACCUCACUGUACACCAGCGAGUUCACACUGGGGAGAGACCGUUCACUUGCUCUGAGUGUGGGAAAGGAUUCGCUCAGUCAUCCCACCUGCUGACACACAAGCGGGUUCACAGUGGAGAGAGGCCAUUCACGUGCUCUGAGUGUGGGAAAGGUUUCACUCGAUCAUCCCACCUACUGAGGCACCAGGGAGUUCACAAGUAACUACAGUGACAGGAUUCUUCUGUCAAUCACAUCCAGAAAUGAACAGUGCUGAAUGGGAUCUGCUCCUGCUGAUUUUAAUGGAAUCCGCCCCCCUUAAACGGCCUAAUAUUCUGGAUAAAAAUCAAAUAAAUCAGCUUUGUGUAAGACACGCAAUGUGUUGUGUCUUUUUAACAUCUCUAUCACACUCAUUCGUCCUCAACUCAAAACUGCUUCCUCCAUUCCUAUGUGCUGAAUGUACGUUUUCCUCCAUUUUCUCUUGUUUCUUGCCUGCAUCCUUCAGAGCUCGUCUUAUCCAUGAGACCCACCUAAUUGCUCACUUGACACAAUUCUCACGGCACAACCAACCAUCCAAAUUCUUCAUGCCUCUGCCUAGCUUCCAACCAUUAGUUCCACAUUUGGAAGCCGGUAUCAUUUCAAGUCCUGAUGAGCAGUGAGGCUGUGUCCAGAUCUUGACGUGGAAGUUUGGUUUGAGUUGUCAGCCCUCC